UACACAUAUAGUGUAGCAUUUUAAUAGAAAACGAAAUAGUACUUAAUGGAUAACUGAAUACACUCGUUCACAAGACUCAUGAGAUUUUCAGAACCUCGCUGUGUAAUGUUAUCAAUUUCACUCGUAGUUGAUUUGAUAUUUGAUGGAAAGAAUAAACAUAAAUGGUUCCGUAAUCAUAGAAGAAUAGUAUGCGGAUAAUGUAUUCUUGUUAUGAAAUGUUCGAAAAGGUUUGAAUAAUGCUAAUACAUGUACAUUUCGCGGAAACCUGGUGUAAAUUAUCUAAUAAGAAACUUUGUGAAGAAUUCAUACGUGUAUAAUUUGUGAUUCACAUACUGAUGAUUGUGCAGGGGAUUUAGUACUUAGUGUAUUAUUUUGUUUAUAGAAGACACUUUGCCAGCGAAUGAUAAAUAUUUGAUUAUGACGCUUGACAUAAAAAAAUAUUAUUUUAUAGCGCAAAUAUCUUUACUAAAAGAUGCUUAAACAAGUCUGUUUUAAAAAUUUCGUCGUCUUUGAAGAUGAGCAGAAAAUUGAGUUUAAUAAACAAAACAAAGAUGGGGAUACUAAAUUCCGAUUGAAUGGUCCUUACAUUUUUAUUGGAGAAAACAAAUCUGGAAAAAGUGCAGUUUUUGAAGGAAUUCGUCGAUGUCUGAAAAAAGAACUCAACACAUCUGUCUCAAAACCAUACAAUGCAAACGAGCUUUCCUAUUUCUUGUGCAAAUUUGAAAAAGAAAAUACAGAUGAAGUAAUAACUGGAACAAUAAGUAUUCCUUCAGAACCGAAUACGACAUCUGAUAAAACAGUUACGGGCACAUUAUCGGAAAGACUCCCAGGUGACGAGUCUUUGGGUCAAACUUUUGAAACAAAUACGGAGCAAGCAACAGAAGAAGAAACGAAUAAGAAAUUACCAUUUUACUCCAUUGAAUACUACCGCAUUGCGAUUUUGUUCAAGAACAAGUGUCUUCAUGAGUUUGGAAUAGACCGAAUUUUAAUAGAUAAUGGUAAUAUCAAUUUAAAAGAACUUGAAACGACAGAGGAGUAUGAACUUGUUCAAUUAUAUCAACUAAUGUCAAAGGAAAACAAGGUUGUCAAUAUCACUAUAGAAUCUCUUCUGCGCCAAAAUAUUAGAGGAAUGAAGAGCAAAGAUAAUUCUGAACAAUUUACACGUUGUGAACACAUUAUUGCAGAUUUAUCUAAUGAUGUAGUGUUUACAUUUCCACUGAGGUCUAUAGGACCAUUACAGUGGUCAAAGAGCGAAAGAAUUGCCCUAGAAAAGAGGCAUCAAAAUUACAUUGAAGCAGAGUCUCGGUGCGAAAUACUACGGUAUUUUCUUAAAGAUGAUCAUGGCGAAUUCGAUAAAGAAAAAGAAUCGAAAAUAUUUGAAAGGAUAACAAACAUGUCUCAAGACUACAGGUUUACAUUACAAAACGAUUCCAUACUUGUUAAUGAUGAUCCUCUCAAAUUGCUUAAAACACCAGAAGGUAUUUUGGAAGCGAAAUAUGUCUCUAUAAUGUUAUCCGGAUAUUUCAAAACCAUAGUAUUGGAAGAACCCGAUAGAGGAAUGCACCCGCAGUUUGUUCAACGGAUGAUACAAGUGAUAACAGAGGAGACAAAGACAACAGGAAAAGUCGUUAUAUUGUCCACGCACAAUACGUCAUUUCUCACACCCUGGACUCUUUCCAACUGUUUCCGAUUUAGAAGACAUGGCGACGUAUGUCAUGUUAAAUCGGUAGGUGAAGUGGUUUAUUACGAUUUUAAGAAAUUACGAUUGAUGACUGGCGAUCAUCUGGCUGAUUUAUUCUUUGCAAAACAUGUACUUUUCGGCGAAGGAAUCAGCGAUUGCUUGUUUUUACAAGAAAUGGUUACAUUACUGUUAUCAGAUGGAUCGGAUGGCAAUUACAAUAACAAUGAUUUCCUUAGAAAGCAUUCAACAGAUCUGCAUAAAAUUCUCCCCAAUAUUACCAUAUCAAAGUUAAACGGAAAAGAUAGCGUAGGCUUUUUUCGCAAAAUAUGCACGGAUUUGGAGCUACCCUGUUUGUUUCUUCUGGAUAAAGACGCACAAGAGAAAAAUAACGGUUAUGGUGAUUGCUUUUUUUGGUCUGUACGGCACAUUGAAGAUGCGGUCAAGACAAUGCUGGACAGAGAUGAAGAUGACGCCCUAAAGAAGAAAAUUCGUCUUGACAAUAGUAAAUUGUUUCUUCACGAAACUGUUAAAGUCCGUGAUGUAUCUGUUUGUGUAGAUACGCUACUUCAGCGGUGCUCGCAUGACAAUGAUUUAGGAAAGCUUUUGCUUAGAAUUUUGGAAGCAUUUUCUUCAUAAGAUAUCGACUGUACUAACAUUUUAGGUGUUUGAAUAGACGUGCAUUUAAUAGCAACGUAGGCAUAUUUUAUAAUAUUGCAUAAACGUUCGAUAAUAAAGGAGAAAAUUCAUGUAAAGAGGACAUAACACAUAAUUGUUUGAACCAUCGAUGCUUAUGGCUAACAUUUGGUCCUCGAUGUAAAUAGUUUCUCAAUGAAGGUACUUAAAUGUUAAUUAUUUCAAAUGUUGUUUUGAUUGUUAUUUUCUUGCAUCGGUCUAAAGUUUAUCAAUGUCUGUAAAUAUUGACUCAGUCGGUGCAAAAGGCAAACGAAUAAUAUCAGUAAUAUACAUUAAAAUAAUGUUGAUUAA